AGGAGGAGGAGGUGCGGGGGCGGGGAGGACUGUGGUAGCAACAGCCCCGGGGAGGCUCUCUCUGAAGGCAGCUUUGGAGCCGAAGCCCAAUCAUGGCGAACGUCAAGAGGCAGAAAAAUGACACCAGUUCCUCAGAAGAAAUCCACGUGGACAGCAAGAACAUAUUACAAUGCAAAGAUGAGCAGCAAAACUUCAGUGAAACAGAUGCUUUUGAUGAAAGGCUCAACCAGCUCUUUGAUCCAUCUGUGGAAUACAAAAUGAAACACAAGAGAAGAGGACUAGCUUUGAUCUUUAAUCAUGAGAGGUUUUUCUGGCACUUAAUGUUACCGGAGAGACGUGGUACUUGUGCUGACCGAGACAAUCUGAACCGCAGCUUUACUGAACUUGGAUUUGAAGUGAAAUGUUUUGAUGAUCUUAGAGCAGAAGAAGUGCUGCAGAACAUUUAUAAUGUGUCCAAAGAGCAACAUGAAGAUGCGGAUUGCUUUAUGUGCGUUUUCUUGAGCCAUGGAGAAGAUAACCAUGUUUACGCUUAUGAUGCUAAAAUACAGAUACAAAAACUGACCAAUAUGUUCAGAGGUGACAAAUGCCCUAGCCUGAUAGGGAAGCCAAAAAUAUUUGUAAUUCAGGCAUGCAGAGGAGAUAAGCAUGAUGAUCCGGUCUUUGCUCACGAUAGGGUGGAUAGCGUUACAGAACGCUCACUUGUCAAUGAAACUGAAGUUGACUCUGCUGCAAUUUAUACUUUACCUGCUGGUGCUGAUUUCCUCAUGUGUUAUUCUGUGGCAGAAGGUUUCUAUUCCCAUCGGGAGACUGUAUAUGGUUCUUGGUAUAUUCAAGAUCUGUGUGAGAUGAUACGAAAGCAUGGUGCUUCCCUGGAAUUCACAGAAUUACUGAUGCUUGUUAACAGGAAGGUAUCACAUCGCAGGGUAGAUGUAUGCAAAGAUAUUGGUGCUAUAGGGAAAAAGCAGAUCCCUUGCUUUGCUUCAAUGUUAACUAAAAAACUGUACUUCUACCCCAAAUCAUAGUUGCAUGGUAGAGUAAUUAUUAUUUUUGGCUAUGUAGGUGGUGGGCAGCGGUGGUGUGCUCUGCAGGACUCAAAGCAAAAACAAAAACAAAAAAACAGUACUGUUAAAAUAGAUCAAUUUUAUAUCCACUUAUCUAAAAUACGCUCCAUUAAACUCAAUGAGAGUUGAUUCUGAAUAGAUAUAUAGAAUUGUAGUGAUAAUUUAAAAGGUGUGUUUAGUUAAUAUAUAGUCUAUUACUUUAGCUAAACUGAGAUCUUCAGGAGAUGGUGAAUAAAGAUCUAUGUAAUAAAAAUCACAGCCAACAAUUGCAGGUUCGAAAUGGUAAACAGAAAUACAAGUUCUACAUUAACAAUUGAAAAAAAAAACUUCUGUGAAGUUUAGCAACUCAGGCAGAAAUACUUUUAUACAGCCUUUGAAAUUGUUAGAUAUUCUUCUACCCUCAGGGAGUUUUAAAAAUAACUUCAGACUUGACAUUGGGAUAAUAAAGGAACAGUUAAUCAAAAGUUAGCUGUCUUUAGGUUUACAUUCCAUAAUGGAUGUUAUAAUGGAUAUUUUGUACUAAUGGUUAAAUUUUUAUUCUUUUGUUUCAACAUAAAUAGUAAUUGUCUUGUGAGAAUCAUUUUCUUAAUCUGUUUGUACUAUAUAAAUUGUUCCCCUCCCACUUUAACAUUUUGGAAAAGUGUAUUAUGCGACCAAUAUGAUAUUGUGACUCCUUCAGUUAGUUAUAGCAGCUCCUGCUAACUUGUGGAGUUACUGCAACUUAACUGAAACAUCUGCAUUACUUUCCAUGCAAAUCAGCUUUUAUUAUUAUUAUUUGAUAAAGAUGAAUUUGUGCCUGUGAAACCUGUUGUCAUAAAUCUUUCAGGUGGUAUGUGUGCUACAUAUGUAACUCAUUACAACAUUGAGAUACUUUGUGCAAGUGUGAAAGGAACAUUUUCUUAACAUCCUAAACAGAACACUCAGAAGACAUCCAAGACAAGUAUCUGUUUUUAUUUAGCUCAUUAUGAAAAUUACAUUCAAAUAUAGGAAUCCCAAAAUAAAACCAUCCU